ACUGCACAAUGGAGAGAUGGAAUGGAAAAGUGGUCGUAGUGACUGGUGCCAGUUCGGGAAUUGGAGAAGCUCUGGUCGAAAAUUUAGUUCGUCAAGGAUUGCAGGUAGCUGGAUUGGCUAGAAGAGUGGAGAGGAUCGAAGAAAAUGCUAAAAAAUUAGAAGGAUGCAAAGGAAAACUGCACGCAUUUUAUUGCGACAUGACCGACGAUGCGUUAAUUGUCGAGACCUUUAAGAAGAUCGUCAACACGUUGGGUCCUAUUCACAUACUCGUCAACAAUGCGGGGGUUGCUAAAAAAGGCAUGCUCAUUAAAGGAAACGAACAGAUCUGGAGGCAAACAAUGGACACGAACGUGAUGGGUCUUUGUUUGGCGACACGCGAAGCUGUAAAUUCCAUGUUAGAAAAUAACAUAGAUGGACAUGUUAUCCACAUAAACAGUAUUGCAGGCCAUAAGAACAUAUACUUGAACAUGUACUCGCCUAGCAAGCACGCAGUUACCUGCAUCACAGAAGUGAUGAGGCACGAAUUGAACCAACUUAAUAGUAAAAUUAAAGUUUCCAGCAUCAGCCCAGGAUUCACCGAGACAGAAAUAAAUGCCGCCCAGCACAUACCUAAAGAAGUACCCAGAUUAAUGUCAUCCGAUAUUGUCAAUGCAAUAGUUUUUGUUCUUAGCACUCCUCCACAUGUUCAGGUACAUGAAAUGAUCAUAAAACCUGUUGGCGAAACGCAUUGAUUAAUGAUUUUAGAUUAUUAAUUGUCAAAGAACGAUUGUUAUGUUUAAAACGUAAUAAAAUGAAUAAAAUACAAUUUG